AGCGGAAGUAGUUCUUUUCACAGUCAUGGCGUCCUCCUGUCCGUCGACAGGCAACGUGAUCAUUCAGUAAAAAUGAGUUUUUCUUAAACCCAGACUCCAAAACUGAAUAUAAUUUAUAAACAAAGCAUCGCACGUAAAAUUAGAUCUGCACUCCUGGUUUCUUUUCUGUUCAGAGACACUUCUUAAGUCACCUCAUAGAUGGCUUCUUUUAAACCCACGAAAAUCCCUGUUUUUCCUAAACUCGGAGAAAAGAUCACAGAAGACACACUGUACUGGAAAAACUACAAAGCUCCUGUCCAGAUUAAAGAAUUUGGAGCUGUCUCGAACAUAGACUUCUCCCCUGUGGCUCCAUAUAAUUUUGCUGUAACAGCAUUUACAAGAAUCCACAUCUAUGGACUAUUCUCCCAGGAACCUGUUAAGGCCUUUACCCGGUUCAAGGACACUGCUUACUGUGGCAGGUUCAGGUCGGACGGUCAGCUGCUUGUGGCGGGAUGUGAGGACUCUGUUGUUCGACUGUUUGAUGUCAGCGGCAAGGCGGCACUCAGGAUGUUCAAGGGGCACACAAAGGCUGUACACGUAACAGAUUUCACCUCAGACCAUUACCAGAUCUUCACAGGGUCUGAUGACUACACGUGUCGACUUUGGGACAUCCCAAACGCAGCUGAGCUCACCUCCUACCAGGAACACACAGAUUACGUUCGCUGCGGUGUUGCGAGCAAACUCAACAGGGAUCUCUUCAUUACAGGAUCAUAUGAUCACACGCUCAAAGUAUUUGAUGCCAGAACGGACAAAAGUGUGAUGAGCAUGGACCACGGCCAGCCAGUGGAGAGCCUCCUGCUCUAUCCCUCUGAGGGGCUCCUAGUCUCAGCAGGUGGACGCUACGUUAAAGUGUGGGAUUUGUUAAAAGGCGGCCAGCCCCUGGUGUCUUUGAAGAACCACCAUAAAACUGUCACCUGUUUGGCUCUCAGCCACAACGGACACAGACUGCUGUCAGCAUCUUUGGACAGGCAUGUGAAGGUCUACAACACAACCAACUAUAAAGUGGUCCACAACUUUGAUUAUGCAGCUUCGAUCCUCAGUCUGGCUUUGGCUCCGGAGGAUAAGUCCAUCGUCGUGGGUAUGACCAACAGUAUUCUGAAUAUCAAACACAGGAAGAACCCUGAAGAGUCGAAGGAAGUAACAGGCCAACAACGGCGGCGUCCAUCAUACCGUGUCUUUGUGAAAGGGAAGAACUACGUCCCAAAACAAGAUGAUUAUCUUGUCAGUAAGCCAGUGAAACAACAUUUGGCUAAAUAUGACAAGCAACUAAAAAAGUUUAAUGUAUCUCAAGCUUUGGAUACAGCCCUAAAGAUGAGCGCACAUGGGAGAAAGCCAGAGAUCACUGUGGCGGUUAUAAAGGAGCUGGAACGAAGAGGAACUCUGAAGAACGCGCUUGCAGGGAGGGAUGAGGAGCAGUUAUCUCGGAUACUCCGCUUUCUCAUCGGAAACAUGUUUGAUGCCAGGUUUACGCCCGUCCUUGCAACAGCGGCUGAUUUAAUCCUAGGCAUCUAUCAUUCUGUCGUCGGCCAGUCUGCAAUCGUCGACCGUCUGCUGAGACAACUGCAGGAGCUGCUGGAGAAAGAAAUCGACUACCAGAAGAACCUCCUGGAGGUUCUGGGCAUGUUGGACACAAUGUUUGCUUCUUCCCUCCCACUGAAGGUUUCAUGCCCUGGCAUGAUCAGUGGAUCUAAUGGGCUGGCUCAGGGAGAAGCAAGUACCUCCAGAUCGCAGCUUCAGGUCACCUGAGACUUGUGUUGGAAAGAACUGCUUUUAGACGGAUGUAAAGUGUCUUUUUGAGACAUCACAUACAGAUUUCUUGUGGUUAAAAACUUCCCCACGGUCGUAUUCUGGGUCGAUCUGCUUUGGAUCCUUCAUUUACAGACAACUUUUCUAACAGGUGUCACUUUUGUAUAUUAAUGCAUAUAAAGGUUAUAAUCACAGAACUGGGGUUCAGUUAAAUUAAAUAGCUGCUUUGUUUUCCUAAGAUCAUUUGACAAACUGUACUUAAAAUGAGUCUUGUGUCAGAGCUGAAUGCUAAAGAUUGAGUUGAACUAUUUAUAUUUCUUUUAGCAUUUUUGUCUUACUAAAUCUAAUUUAUGUGUCAUUUUUGCCACACUGCACUAGUUGACCUAGCACAAUUUUGAAUAUAGAAAAAUCAUUUCUAGAGUGCGGUAAUCUAAUUUGCUUAAGUUGGCAGUCUUGUGCAAAAACUUUGCCUCCACAUUCAGUCAUUUAAAUAAAAAAAAUCUAUAAAUGCAGGGUCCCAAGCAGAUGUGGCAGGCUGAUCACAUCUGGUACAGUUGGUUAAAGAUGUAACAACCAGAAAGAUGCUUUUCAGCUGUGAGUGGUAGUUUUUCUUUAAGAGAACUGUUGCAACUGUGGGUCUAUAUGGAUGUUACAGAACAGCAGUACGGGUCAGGUGAGGACUCGACUUUACUGUGUUUUAUGAGCAAGUAAUUAAAAAAAGAAACAUUUUAAAACCUCUGAAUUGUCAUAGUUUAAUCCAAGUUAAACAGCAGUGGUCUCUGUGCCCUUCAGAGCUUUUCACACUUUGUCAAAGUUAAUUUUGACUGCCGGUAACAAAAUGUUGAACCAAUUGUAAUGAUGUGAAAUUUUACUGUGUUGCAUCAAAAAUUAGACCUAUUCAACGAAACAAUCCAUGGCCAAAUAUGCUAAUGACAAGCUAUUUCCCACAAGCUAAUUAGCCACAAGCUAAUUAGCAAGCCAGCAACGUAUCCACCAAUCACAGCAGAACUUUUUCAAUUUGCUUCCUGUUGAUCCAAACUAAUGCUAAUCUGUUAGCUACUCAAGUUUCAGUUCAGGAGACAGAAAGUUUGGAUUCAGUUGUGAUUUGACCACAUCGCAGGUAAAAACGAGAAAAAGAAA